AUGCCAAAAGAGCGCAAUUUCAACCCUGUUCAAGCCCAGCGAAAGGCUGACAAGGCGAAGGCGAUCAAGAAAGGCAAGGCAGAAGUAGCAUCUCGGCGCAACGAGAAGCUCGCGAGGCGUAAUCCGGAACGUAUUCAGAAACAGAUCGAGGACCUGAAGGCCAUCACCUCCAGUGGCGGCAAGCUCACCAGCCACGAAGAGCAAACACUAGAGGGGCUUGAGAAGGAAUUGAGAGCCGUCAAGAAGGCACGAGAGACACUAGGAGACAAAGCCCCAACAUUUGGACGCGGUCCGCCACGGGACGGGGACAGAGGAGUCCUUGGGAAGAGGCGGAGAGACGCAGAGGAUGCAUCGAGCAGUGACAGCGACGUACCGGAAGAUGUCAAGAGCAUACCCAUGCCAAGAGAUACGCCGCCUCCAAUACCGAAGGAAAUUCUAGAUAAAUGGUAUGCGAAGCGGAGAGAGAAGCGAAACGCGAACCUAGAGCCUCUUGGAGAAAGAAGUGAUCGAAGAGAGACAGAGCCCACUCCGGCUGUUGAGGCGAAGACUGUCUACGAAGCUAAACCCAUUGUACGAGACUUGAGAAAGGAGGCUGUCAGUGCAUUUGUGCCAACCGCGGUCAAGAUGAAGUUGGACAAGGGCAAAGGCCAGGGCGGUCUGAUUGAGCCUGAAGAGGCCGACAGACUGGAGAGAGAGGGUUACAUGAGAACAGGUGGAGCAGGUGGUCAGUCAGGAUCGCUUGACGCGGAAGCCGCGACUGCAACGGGAUUACGGCACGUCACCUUAGAGGAAGUUGAGGAUGAUGACGAUUGA